AUGGCGACGAUGCUCAACACGGGGCUUGAUCGCGACACAAUGGCACUGUGCGUUUCAAUGUGCGAACGAGGCGUCAAUCCAGAAGCCUUAGCAAACGUGAUCAAGGAGCUUCGACAACAGCAAGCACGCCUACGCUAA